CUUUAAUGCCACUUUCACAUUUUCAUCUCCUUUGGCCAACUUGAUCAAACGUUCGUUGGUAUUCCUUUCGUUGUUGACGCGUUAAGCCCGAACCCGCCGGUCUUGGAUGCCCACGCGUGUCGUCGCUUGCAUCGCCAUAUCAUAGCGACAUCAGACCUCCGUUUGCCAUAGGGCUGCUUAACUCUUGGCAGAUUCCUAUGUAGCUUGCUAAGAUAGCGUCGUGGACCACUGAUGCCCAUCGUUCUGGCGCCGCUGACUCGGGCAUAAGCAGGCCCGAAACGUUUUCCAACUGCGUGUACUGCUGUUCCUCACACUUCCGUCAGCACUUAACCAGGGGUCGCUGUCGGUCACGGCGCUCAGACUCAGCACGCAGAAUGGCACCUGGGAACAAACACUUCCUCGACGCCGUCGCUAACUUGUUUGGCAGCGAGAAGGGCUCCGACUGCGUGAUUCGCUUCUAUCAGGAGGCAGACGUCUUGGCACGGCCGAAGAAGAAGCAUAAGGCUAAUAAGGCUGGUGCUGCUGACGCAUUGGAGGGUGAAGUUUUCCUUGGAACCCCGCUUCCCGCACACCGGUUCGUCCUAUGCUACAGCUCGGAGCGUUUCUCUGCACAGUUAGAACGCUGGGAUAACGGCGAGCAGGCCCCACCGGCGCCCUCCGCACGUCCCUCCACCUCCUCCACCACCCCCAGCAGCAGCCGCCCCGAGCUGCGCAUCCCCCUGGCCAGCGAGGCGGAGGUGGACAGCGCGCGUGCGGCCAUCCGCUUCGCCUACACGGGGGAGGUGCAGGCGGGCAGCGUGCGGGAGGUGCUGGAGGUGCGGCGCCAAGCGGCAUACCUGCAAAUCGAGGGCUGUGCGAAGGCAUGCGAUGAGGUCCUUUGCGCUAUGAUGGCCGCCGCUGCCACAGCGCAGCAGCCGAGUGACCGAAGGGGCAGUGGUGCGGCGGUGCAGGGUGAUCCAGGCCAGCAGCAGGCGGCUGUUCUGGAUGUUUACGCCUCUUCUUCGCUGUGGCCUGACGCCGGCUUUGAAACCGUCAUCACGGCCGCCAAGCAGCAGCUUGUGUCCUAUUUUGGCAGCACACUGCGGGUCCUCAACACGCCCCCCCUCCGUCAGCAGCUGCUGGCUCUGCCGGCGGUGGCGGUGGAGGCGCUGCUCGAGUCGGACAGCUUCGGCACCGACAGCGAGUCCAGCGUGCUGCUGAUGCUGGCGGUGUGGAUGCAGGCCAACCACGGCAAAACGGACGCAGCAGUGCGCGAGCGGCUGUGCCGGCGGGUGCGGCUGGUGCAGCUCAGCAAGCCCUACCUCAGCUUCGUGCUGCCGGCGCUAGCUGCGGAUUACGAGGUAUCGCCGGAUACGCCCGCUGGCUGGUUUCCCAUAACCAUGCCUGAAGCCGCCUUCAUAGCCCACUUUGCUGGCGCCUCUGACAUCGACAGGAAGCGGCUGCUUGAGGAAGCAGAAAAGGUGUCCUCGACAUACAACAUCAGAUCGGCGACCUACAGCACAGCACCCCGCGUGCAGUGCGUGCCCCGGGAAGGCCUCACGAUGACUGGGUACCUUCCCCAGCGGGAGUUAGAGGAGAAGCUGGCAAGCCUGCAGCCGGGCGAGGCUGCGGGGUUCUUCUGGACUAUGAAGCAGCCGGUCGUCAGUGCACAGGGCUUCGAGUGGCGUAUAUACACAAACUAUUUGCACGGUGAAUCGUCCGCUGGGCUUUACCUGCACUGCUACAAGCCCGAAGCUUACAGAACCCUGAACCCCCGCCGCUUCACUGCCAAUGUGCCUAUGCUGGUCAGCAUAUGCGGCCGACUUGCUGUGAACCGUUGGCGUAAUGGCGCGAGGGCCGGAUCAUUUUCGCACAUUUAUAGCAUGGGCGGCUUAUUGGGCACGGGGCAAGCUUGGGGAAAUACAUCGGCAAUGCCCCUCAAGCAGCUGGAGCGGGGUGCGGAAGCAGGUGACGGCGGCGGCGAUGCCGCUGCAGGCGGUGAUCGGGAGGCGGCGGGCGGUAACCAGCAGGUGCUGGCAGCCUGGGGGGAGUACCUGCACGAGGGCAAGAUUACAGGCAGCCUGACGCUGCUGUCAACGGCUGGGGUGCGGUGAUCGAAGGGGUCUUGUUUGGAGGUCUCAUGCAGGGGAUGUCCCGGACAACUUCCGUGGCAUGCUGCUACUGGAAUUGGAGCCGGGUGCUCGCUUGCAACCUGCUUCAGGUAUAGGAGUACCGGUAUAGGAGGACUUGCUCGUGUAUGUGGCUCUGGCACGACCAUGCUUAUGGCUAUGUUGUUAUGAGAUUGCACUUAGGACUCACAGUAACAAGCCCAGAUGCGAAGUAUGGUACACUGUGCUCUACAUGUUGCGGGGUAGGGGUCGGAAACGCUGUCAAGUAGGGCAGUAGGGAGUAGAGAGGCGAUAGGAGGAGCCCCCGCCCCAUCCUUUGCGAACGUACGAAUCAAGGCUGGACUCUUUGCGGCUGCAUUGUCAGGGUGGUGCUUGCUCACUUUGACAUUCCGUGCCUGUAACCAGCCCCGCAGGUAGGGGCGGACAGCAGCCGGACAGCACUACCUGUGCAGCUGUGCGUGCGUAGGAGCCAAUCGUUGGUGUGUGUGAUAUCAUCAUACUAAGGGUACGAGAGCGUAAUGGCGGCACCGGUAUUAGGGGACGGAUAAUGUCUUUAGCGGCUAUCUCCUGCUGCAUCUCUCGGCCACCUUACUUGCGGCAGGGGCCAUCAUCUCGAUCCAAUCGGCCUAUGUUUACCGGCUCCAUCGAAA